AUGCUUGUAUUGCGCAAACAACAGCUGGUGAAGCGCCAUAACCCAGGCACGACAUUCACCAUAAUUUUCUGCGUUAUUGCUGUCUGUGUUCUGUUAGCUUGCGCUAUAUGGGGUUUCAUUCUACCACAAUGGAGGAAGAAGCAUCCUCCCCAGCCUUCUAGGACAAAAUGGAACGAGGGGUCUAUUUUGACCACAAGAAAGAGCCGAAGAAUUGGGAAUGCUUUCCCCACCCACCCAGCAGUGAAACCACUGCUGUCGAAACCAUCUACUGCCCAGAUUCUACCUACCUACAACCCAAGAGUUGAAAGUCCGUUCCCUGACCAACCCGAACCAGGCAUCUCACGAAGCCGCGAGGAGGUUGAGCCUCGAACGUAUUCUGCUCACACCGCUCCAUUACCAACAGUGAGCAGCAAUGGUCUCUUUACUCCUGUUCGACGUGGGGAAAAUAGUUUUCAUACAAUCCCACAAGCCACUGAUGCCAGACACCAUAUAGGCAAAUCUUCCGACUUCGGUGAUGCCAAGCACUUCAUCCUAGCAGUCCCUGAACCCCUGACUUUGAGGUCAAGAGACACUGAUAGACCUCCAGCAGUCACUCGUCACCUUGAGAAGUAUGGGACACCAUAUCCCACUUCUCUGACAGGUUCGGACAAGCUUCCUCAUCCAAAUAAACUCUUUCGAGCCAUCCAAGGCUCUGACACGCGAAACAGUUUCUGCAGCACUACCUCCUUACGUGUCGACCACCGCGAAUCUGAUGCAGCCGCAGCUUGGGCAGCAAAAGAAGUCGUCGCAGCUCUUGACGAAGCUAUCCAGGAAGGUAAAGAGCAGCGCAAAUACAGCAGUGAUGAAAGCAGCAAACUCAGUCACUUCAUUGGACAAAGCCACGAACUUCCAUGUGCAACACUGUCAGAUCUCCAUCGACUCUAUAGCUAUAGAUCAUUGACCGGAUCUCAGCCAACCAAAAACAUAAAAGCGAAAAGUGUCCUGAAACUAAAGCUACCUAUAGACACGUUGGGGAGAGUCCACGAUCGAGAACAGGGAUUUACAGCCAUUCCCAUGGUCUCUCUGCCUCAAGCAUCAACUACUUCAACCAUGCUGACAACCGGUGAGAACAGCUCCGAGAUCGAGUCGAUCUCCACCCCAGCGACUUCGCCAAUCAUGCCUCCAAGCAAGUCUUGUGUUCUACCUACUGCACUUCGGCCCUGUAAUCCAAAUGAUACAGCUUCAAUAUCUGCUCUUGGGAAGAUUGAGCAUGAGUGCAACAACACCAGUACUGUACUAACGCAGAACAAGGAGGGUCGUUUGACUGAGCAGAGGAAUAGUCGAGGCUUCUACCAUCCAGGUCGUCGAACUAAGCCAGUACCACCAUCCAUUCAUAUUAGCUCAGGUUCAUCUCCGACAUAUGGGCGCCAACAACGACGAUCUCUUUCCGAUCCCAGUCAUAACAUCGUCGUUCCGGUCAAAGGCAAACUUCGCUCUCAGGUACGAGCCAGUAGUAUGUAUAGCAGGGACACAGAUGGGUUCAGUCUGACGCCUCUUCCAAUCACACCCGACUUUCCUAGUCCCUUGGUUGAUAUUUUCGCGGACCAGGACGUUUCAGGCAACCCUUCCACAUUCCGUGAGUCGGUGAGGACCCGAAUAUACAAAUGGCACCAAAAGAUUGAGAGUAGUACUGCCACGCUAACUCUGCCUCCCUCCAAACAGACUUCACCAAUGAUUUCGGUCAGAAGCAUAGCCGGACAUGAUGGUAACGACACCGCUGUUGGAGCUGUGCCUGAAGAUUCGAAAAAUCAAGUGGAGAUGGUCGGAGAACGAUCGCAUCCUGACUGUGAUCAUAGUGCGCCGGGUGGUGCGGUGUGGAUUUGA